AUGGCCAUCCUAAUUAUAUUGGCACUAGUGUUUACGUCUGCGUAUUCUCUCCCUUUCGUUGUUUUCCACGGACUUGGAGAUAAAUGCUCAAACAAUCAAAUGAUUAAAUUUACCAACAAUCUAAGCAAUUGGUCGGGUUCCCAAGGACAUUGCAUAGAAACUGGAGAUUCCUGGCUCGUGCCAAUCAGAAACCAGGUGAAAAGUAAUUAUGCGCUCAGCCAAGGAUACAAUAUAGUUGGACUUUCCCAGGGAAAUAUCAUUGCUCGUGCUGUUAUUGAGUUUUGUGAAGGAGGAGCCCCUCAAGUGUAUAAUUACGUAUCACUGGCUGGUCCACAUGCUGGGAUAGCUAAGAUUCCUUAUUGUGGUUCCGGAAAUUACUGCACUCUGGUGGAUUCUAUCAUAAAAUCAGGAGUAUAUAGUAAAUAUGCGCAGGAAAACUUUGGACCGGCUGGUUAUAUAAAAAUGCCAACUGCUAUUAAUCAAUACAUGAAACAUUGCAAGUUUCUUCCUCAACUGAAUAACGAAUACAAAGAUCACAAGAAUGCUGUUUACAAGGAAAGAUUCGCCAGCUUGCAGAAUCUUGUGCUUAUCAUGUUUGAGAAUGAUAAGGUUUUGGAUCCAAAAGAAACCUCAUGGUUCGGGUAUUUCCCAGAUGGGUCGAGGGAUAAGGUUUUAUCUCCUCAAGAGACAGCAUUGUAUAAUGAAGAUUGGAUUGGUUUAAAGAGUUUAGACAGUGCUGGGAGAGUGCAAUUCAUAAAUAUAGUUGGAGGACAUCUCAAGAUAUCGAGCACCGAUACAAAGAAAUAUAUUGUGCCUUAUUUGCAAAACAAGUGGCUCUUCAGCAGUCACCAGUGCUUGUGUUGUGAUGGAGGUGGACGACCCCUCUUCAUUCCUUGA